GUGCUACGGUGGGCUGUGUUACCAGGCGUAACCAUACAUGAGCGCUAGAAACCACUUGUAGUGAACAGUGUAUGUGAAAAGCAGACAAUAUGGCAUCUUGUCAUGGGAUAGUGUGAUGUAGAAUCAGGUGUUACUACAUGCAGUGUCAAAGUCCAUAGUCACAAUUAAAUCUAGAUGCUCGCAGUUGUGCAGUGAAUUACAGUGGGAGUUUCGAGAAUAGUAAUGGAUGAACACGGUUUCAUUCUUAGCGAUGAGGAUGAAGAUUCCGAGAAUGGAUACCAAGUUCCAGAGAUGCAAGGAGUCCUUAGUAAAUGGACGAAUUACAUUCAUGGCUGGCAGAGUCGAUUCAUUGUGUUGAAAGAUGGAACGCUUUCAUAUUAUAAGUCAGAGCAAGAUACUGGCUUUGGCUGUAGAGGUGCAAUCAGUUUAUUUAAGGCUACUAUAAAGCCCCAUGAUUUUGAUGAAUGUAGAUUUGAUGUCUCUGUAAAUGAUUGUGUGUGGUACCUAAGAGCAGAGACCCCCGAGGAAAAGCAGCGAUGGGUCGAUAUACUGGAUGCAUAUAAGACUGAAUCGGGCUAUGGAAGUGAAAACAACCUUAAGCGUCAUGGUAGUGCCAUUUCUCUUACAUCAAAUACUUUGUCGACCGCUUCCACAUCAAGUUUCAAGAAAGGUAGAGGUCUCAAGGAAAAGCUUGCAGAGAUGGAAACAUUCAGAGACAUCUUGUGCCAUCAGAUUGAAACAUUGCAGGGUUACUUUGAUGCUUGUGCUGAGGCUUCAUCUUCAUUCAAGCUCAGUGCAGGCUCACAAGAUGAACGGAAAGGAGUGGCAACUGGUAGUUCUGAGCACAAGGACAAAGUGCUGCCAUCAUGCUGUGAGAAUGCUAGUUGUACUGCCUGCAGUAUAGGAUCGGACAUAGCGGCACGGCACGGGGCCCACGCCAUCGACUUCAAAGGGGAGGCGAUGACAUUCAAAGCUACUACAGCGGGUGUAUUGGCCACCCUGCAACACUGUCUGGAACUGGUAGGACAGCGAGAAGACACGUGGAGGCGACGGCUUGAACGAGAGGUGGAACGAAAGCACAAGAUUGAGGAGAUGUAUCGGACGGCACGCCAGGAGGCGGCGACGCAUAGACUGGCAUUACACGGCAGUCCGGACUACGAGGAGGGCCCACACAGCGCUCUGAAUGAUGAAGAGUUCUAUGACGCAGUGGAGACAGGCCUGGAUAAAAUGGACGAGGAGCUGGAAUUGCAUGACAGGCUGAAAACAAAGCAGCAACAGCAGCAAGUGGGGGCUGGGCCCUGCAAGGGUCUCUCAAAAGCGUCUCAACAUCGUCUGUGGCCAGAGAUCGACCGCAUCUCGAUGGAACAGCUACGAUACGCCCGCCUGGGCGUGGGGGAGGGCGGCUGGCAGCUGUUUGCGGAGGACGGUGAGAUGAAAAUGUACAAGCGAGAGGAGGAGGUGAACGGCAUGGUCGUGGAUCCCCUGAAGGCAUGUCACGUGGUGCGUGGCGUGACUGGCCACGAGAUGUGUCACUACUUCUUCUCGCCAGACGUACGAAUGGACUGGGAAACCACAGUCGAGCAGAUGACGGUCAUAGAGACGAUAGCGGACGAUACGCUGGUCUUCCUGCAGGUCCACAAACGCAUCUGGCCUGCAUCCCAGAGAGAUUCCCUUUUCUGGUCGCACAUGCGACAAGUGCCAGAUCACAACGACCGCGACGGACAUGACAUAUGGAUCGUCUGCAACCAUUCGACCGAGAACCCAGGCUUUCCAAGUAACAACGGCAAAUGCGUUAGAGUGAGCCUCACGGUUUGUCUGGUCUGCCAGACGUUCAUUGACCCGCCUAAAGAAGGAGUCCCAAUCACCCGUGAUGAUAUCACGUGCAAGAUCACUUACUGUUCCGUCGUGAACCCUGGCGGCUGGGCACCCGCGUCGGUGCUGCGGGCCGUGUAUAAACGGGAGUACCCAAAGUUCCUCAAGCGCUUCACAGCCUACGUCAUCGACCAGUGCAAAGACAAGCCGAUCAUGUUCUGAACUCCGUCCCGCCGCGGCGACGUGUUAUUGUGUGCCUUGUUCUAUAGAUUGGCCUGUAUCCUAUGUGUUAUUCUUUUUCUAAAUACAUAUAUAUCUACCUAU